AUGGCGUCUUUUUCAUGGACGGAGGAGGAUGUGCUACGGUGCUGCGGCAGCAAGCGUUUCGCCAAGGAGCUCACCUCCGCCUCGCCGUUUUCCGACCUCCACCACGCAAUCCAGUCCGCCUGCGAGAUCUGGUCCAACAAGGUCGCACCUUUGUCCCCCUCUUCUCUACUCUCGAUCACCCUCAUCGACCCCUUUCCUCACCUUCUAAUUCUUGAGAUCGACGUCGUCGGAUGGCUCGAGGCCUUCGCGGCUCACCCGCUGAUCGGAUCCAUCUUUCCCUCCGUUUCACAGUGGUCCAAGGAAGAACAAUCUGCUGCAAUGGCUACUGCCAAUGAUACCACGUUGCAGGAAAAGUUUGGGUUUGUGUUCCUCAUCUGCGCCUCUGGAAGGGACACACUGGAGAUCCUUGUUGAAUUGAAGAUAAAUUGCUAA